CAGAGCUGAAAUAAGCCCAGCCGAGGUACCUGAGCUGCAGCAACCCACAGGGAGAGCAGCUUGAGACAUGGCCGAGCAAAGAAGACUCCGUCUCCCCAGGCAGGGGAUCUGCUUGGUUUUGUUGAUGGACCUGUGGCUGAGGGUGGAGCUGGCGACCGAGUGCUCCAAUGAUGAAUUCAAAGUGGUGACCAAGGAGGGUAUUACAAACUGUCUCAAGUGCAACUCAGUGACACGCGGCCUUUCGGAUCCAUGCCCUGACAUCCUGAAACCGACCUGUAAGUGUAGUCCUGGGUACCAGUGUAGUAAUCUUCCAUGUACGACCUGCAGUCCACUCCCUCAGUGCGAGGCGGGGACGGAGCUGAACAAAUCAGGCACCGAUCACUUCAAAUUCACCUGUGAACCCUGUAAAACUGGAACCUAUUCUGACACUCUGAACAGCUGUUGUAGGCCUUGGACUAACUGUGAGAGUUCUGGAUUACGAACAAUCAGGCCAGGAAAUCGUACCAAUAAUGUGGAAUGUGGCAUUUUUGGAGAUCUGACCCCAGUUCAGCAGCAAGAUUCGAAGUAUACCACCAUCCUGGCAAUAUUGACUGCAAUGGGCGUAUUCAUUCUCAUCCUGAUGACUUUCUUCCUGCACCUUUGCUUAUGGACACUGAAGAAAGAGAAAGUGCACAUUGUUGAAGAGCCUGACCAUCCCAGCUCUCUGCUGCCGCCUGUGUGCCGCCUGGUCGAAGAUACUUACAGCUGCCAGUUCCCAGAGGAAGAACAUGGAGGCAAAACCGCUGAAGGAAAACUCUCUUAUUGCCCUUUUGUGGGGUCACACUGAAGUUGCAGAUGGAGUGCAAGCCGCUGCCAGAGGAGCAGGGCUGGGCUUGUCUUUUCAAACGUAGAGUGGAGGAGGGGCAAAGGUGCAAUUUUAAACAUAGCAGCAAGAAGUGGGCUUUUGUAACAGGGUUUGUGUUAGAAAUUGAGGAACGACUAACUCAAGCUGACAUUUAGUGCAGCCAGAAUCCUAGCUGCAUGUUCCUCCUUUUCUGAGUCCAGCCCUUCUGAACUCAGUCUGGGACUAGAAUAACCAGAUCUGAUUUUCCCCUGAGCAUCACAUGCUCCUGACCCUGAGGUACCUCCCUUACGGCGUGGCAUUUCCGUGGAGUGUCAGGGUCUCUCCAUGAGGCCCUACUGUUGCCUCUCUCCUGGCCAUGUGAGUAUGUCCAUGGGGAACUCAACUGUAGUUUUCAUCAGUUGUUUUGCCAAGGUGGCACAUGUGUCUGCUGGGCAUAUAUGAAGAGAGUGUGUGUGUGUGGGGGAAAGUGUGGCUAAAGGACCAUAUACAAUAUGCAAGUCUGCAGUCAACCAUAUUGCAUUCUACUUGCCCCCCAUUGCCUUCCGUUUGUAGGUGAAAAAGGGGAGCGCUCUCUGAAUCUGUGAAAUAGUUUUGCUCUCAGGUGGAAACAGGAUUUCCUUGACGCUUUUGCUGAUGGUGCAAAUCUCAGUGCACAGCUCUUGUCCCUAUAUAGUUUCCAGUCUGAGGCUACGUCACUUAACGCGUCUAUGAGCCCUGCUCUGGAGACAAUCAAUGGCCCUUGUGUGGGUUUGCAGAGAUUCUUGCAGCAGAUCAAGAGCCUUGGCUUAGCAAUAGGAGAACAUGGGGGUGUUUUGGGUUUCACGACACCUCAGAGAACAUUUACAUGGAGAAUUUUUGCCCCGGGAGCCAUUUUUGUUUGAGGAAUAGUCAAUUAAAAAUACAAACAAUCAGCAACCCAACCUGAGGCCUAUUUACAAACCAUAAAGAGUCUGCUUUGUAAAUAAUCCCCACCCAGCUUCUAAACAAAACAAAGGCUACGACUCACAUUUUUGGGCAGGGCCGAGGGAAAAUCGUGCCCCCACAUUCUAGCUCCUCAGCUGGUAUAAAUUGGCGAAGUGCAAUGGACGUGACCCGCAACUUCAGUAGGACUAUGCUGAUGUACCACCACUGGUAGAAUGAAUCCCUUCUGCCUUAAUUUAAAAGGCUAACUCCUCAAAUUGGCCUGGCUAGCUCAGUUGGUAGAGCAUCAGACUUUUAAUCUGAGGGUCCAGGGUUCAAGUCCCUGGUCAGGCACAGAGAGUCCAUUCUCCUGUGGGAUCUCCCAAGAACUUCAAAAGGCACAUCCUCCUUCAUGUUAGGGGGAGGGAUAGCUCAGUGGUUUAAGCAUUGGUCUGUUAAACCCAGGGUUGUGAGAUCAAUCCUUGAGGGGGGCCAUUUGGGGAUUGGCCCUGUUUUGAGCAGGGGGUUCGACUAGAUGAUCUCCUGAGGUCCCUUCCAACUCUGGUAUUCUGAUUCAUCUUUGGGGUCAAUCUCCUUCAACGGAGCUACUUUGCAUCAAAGGAUGUGGCCUUUUGGCUAAGACUCAGUGUCUUUCUUUGACGCCAUCUGACUGCUAUGUAGUUUCCCAGCUCUGUCCUCCCCCCCGUUCCAGGAAAGACCGAUAACUUUGGAGAGAAAUCUCUUGAUGACUAAAAGCUCCCUGAGCCAGGAUGAGGUUUUGAGUCAGAGUUCAUAUAAAAAACAUGCAAAUACCACCUACCUCAAACCAGGACGUCAAUUUCCUCCUCUGAUUUCUGGCGAGAUAAUGAAGUGACGCCUAUAAGUUAAGGCAAGCACUGGAAAUAUUAAUGCAUGGUGAAUAGAAAUUGCAAUUUUCUAUUAAAUGAUAAUAAACUAUGUUAUCCUUAGCUGUACAGACAUGUAAAAAGAAUGUAAUGCAGUCCCAUUGAUAAGGCCUGCUCAACAAAAAAAUCUCAUCAGCUCGGAAGUAUUUUGAAAGCAAUUCGGUAUGUCUCUACAAUUCCUGAUCGCACAUUCUAUAAUCAUGUGGGCUGACUGUUGGAUUCCUCACACUGACAUGUUCCCGUAAUUUCAGGGUGUCACCCUCGUACUGCCAGAGCAGGGUUCUGUGGGGAUUUAUUGUUCUGACAUUGUUUUGCUUGCUUCUUUUGUGUGUAUUACCGAAUGUUCUGAUUUUGGUGCAGUAACUGUAAGGGUGAGAUCAGGUGGGAAAGAUUGUGAGUUAUAGCACAGGGUGAGAAGUCUGGACUCCUAAUGUUGCCACUGUCUUGGUAUCUGGCCUUGGGCAAGUCACUUGACCUGUUUGUGUCUCAGUUUCCCUAUCUGUAGUAGAGGCAUUGUGUCACAUAACGGGUGUUUGUAAAGCCUUUGAUGCUUCUCUAAUGCCUUUCAACCAAAGAUUUCAAAGUAUAAUUCUUACUCGGGAAAAGCAAUAUUUGCUCCUGCGUCCUCCACCCACCACCUUGUGAAAUUUGACCAGUUCUCCAUUAAUUCUCCAACAUUUACCAUGACUCUCACGGGUGCGGCUAAAUCACAUCAGCCAAAUGAUAAAAAUGAGGAAGAGAACGGGGUUUGUUCUGCUCCAGUGUGGAAUGUACAGAUCCACCGCCGGGGUGAACGGGAGGACCCAGAGGGAACGGACCCCAAAGGAUGGCUUUGGCUUUGUCAGAGCGUUUAUGUUCUGGUGCACUGAUGCUGCUUUGCGCUAUCCCAGGGGUUCCCUUGCUACUGUUAAAGUGAAUGUCCUCCUUGUUCCAACUUGCCAGCUAAGCAAAGGCUGUUGCUGCCGCCCCAGGCGUGAGUGUUUGGAAGCUGUCAUUCUGUGCAUUGCUUUAGACAGCCAUUUUGUUUACGAUGUAUGUUUUAAAAAAAAAUCUUCUUGUGACCUUUUGUAAAGGCAAAAUAAACAUUAGA